UAACAGCUUGUAAGCUAAUUUUAAUGACUUUUAAUUACUUUCUCUUUUAAAAUCGUUCUGUCCCUUUAAGAAGGACACGCGCUCGUGCAUCCGGUAGCAGCAAAACAUUCCCGAAUGUUCGCAGCUGCUCAAAGAAACAUUCGGUAGAGCGCGUGCAGGUGUUUUACAUCAUCAUCAUGGAAGAUACCAUUUGUUUUCUGUGGAGCUUUCGAUAGAGACCGACUUUCAUCUUGUGUUUUUGGGAAUUAACCGUGAUCACAUCUCAGAGUGAAAACCGUAUAAUGUCGUGCAACCCCUGCUGUUUCAGAUCAGAUGGACGCGUCCAGAUUAGUCUCCAUUAAAGAUGCGACUUCAAGUGAGACAGUGGAAGAGUCUGAAGUUAAGAAAUACCAGGACAUCUGCCAGCAGUUUGGCUUUAUCCGCAGAGUUAAAGGAGAUGGGAACUGUUUCUACAGGGCUCUCUGCUUUACACUUCUAGAAAGCUUGUUACACAGUCAGAGUGCUCUACAAAGAUUUAGGGACAAGCUGAUAAGAAGUCAUCAAAUGCUGCUAAAAGCUGGAUUUCAUGAAAGUGCUUUUAAACAAUUACUUAACACUUUUAAUGGUGUACUGGAGCAACUUGAAACAGAUUCCUGUGAAGGGACUCUGUUAAGCCUUUUUAAUGACCAGGCUACCUCAGACAGCAUGGUCCAGUACUUGAGGCUGAUCACUUCGGCCCACCUACAGAACCAUGCUGAUUUCUUCCAGCACUUUGUAGAAGCACCAAAUUUAAAGGUUUACUGUACUCAGGCAGUAGAAGUCAUGGCGAUGGAAUGUGAUCAUGUGGAGAUCCUGGCUUUAUGUGAGGAGCUGGACAUUAGUCUGUGUAUUAUAUCCAUGGAAGGCAGUAAUGGCCACCUUAUAUACCACACCAUUCCUGAGGGAUCCCAACCUUCUCUAUAUCUUCUCUACAAGGCAGCUCACUAUAACAUUCUUUACAAGCACAGAGAACACCGGAAAUAGUGCUUGGACCAAACAUUUUUGGACGAAUAUCUUCUUGGAAGUGAAUAUUUCUUUAAAAAUCAUGCAAUUUGCCAGUAACAAUCUUUGAAACUUUUUUUUAAUGUUAAAUUUUUCGUUGCCAAUAAAUAAGAAACUGUUCUGUUAUGGUGACAAUGUCCUAAAUACAAAAGUACAUAAAGACAUGGAUCACUAAUGGAAUAAAAAGCCUUGACUUUUUUUUUUAAA